AUCCACAUAAGAUUUACGAAAAAAUUAAAGCGCAAAUAUUGCUGGUUGCAAGAGAUAAAAACAUUGAAAUAUGAGGAUAAGGAAAUUGUGGUUCUGAAGCAAAUAUCAAGAAAAGUGAAAGAGAUGAGAAGAGAAUAUCAUUUUUUGGCUAAAAUACUAUUCCAGGAAGGCGUGAGCUAUAGAUGGCUGAUACCAGAAGGCUUGGUGUUUACAUGGCAACAACAAAAAUAUAGAAUAGAUUCAAUUGAUAAACCCAAAGCUUUUUGCGCAGAAUACUUCGGAGAGAAAGAAGUGGAAUCAAGAACAGAACUCACAUUGAUUGAAUUACAAUUACUAGAAUAGAAUAGAAUAGAAUAGAAUUUUUUAUUGGCCAAGUGUGAUUGGACACACAAGGAAUUUGUCUUGGUGCAUAUGCUCUCAGUGUAGAUAAAAGAAAAGAUACGUUCAUCAAGGUACAACAUUUACAACACAAAUGAUGAUCAAUAUAUCAAUAUAAACCAUAAGGAUUGCCAGCAACAAAGUUACAGUCAUGCAGUCAUAAGUGGAAAGAUAUUGGUGAUGGGAACUAUGAGAAGAUUAAUAGUAGUGCAGAUUUAGUAAAUAGUUUGACAGUGUUGAGGGAAUUAAUUGUUUAGCAGAGUGAUGGCCUUCGGGAAAAAACUAUUCUUGUGUCUAGUUGUUCUGGUGUGAGUGCUCCAUAGUGUCGUUUUGAGGGUAGGAGUUGAAACAGUUUAUGUUCUGGAUGUGAGGGAUCUGUAAAUAUUUUCACGGCCCUCUUCUUGAUUCGUGCAGUAUACAGGUCCUCAAUGGAAGGCAGGUUGGUAGCAAUUAUUUUUUCUGCAGUUCUAAUUAUCCUCUGAAGUCUGUGUCUUUCUUGUUGGGUUGCAGAACCGAACCAGACAGUUAUAGAGGUGCAAAUGACAGACUCAAUAAUUCCUCUGAAGAAUUGAAUCAGCAGCUCCUUGGGCAGUUUGAGCUUACUGAGUUGGCGCAGAAAGAACAUUCUUUGUUGUCCUUUUUUGAUGAUGUUUUUGAUGUUUGCUGUCCAUUUUAGAUCUUGCGAUAUGAUAGAACCUAGAAAUUUAAAGGUUUCUACUGUUGAUACUGUGUUGUCUAGUAUUGUGAGAGGUGGAAGUAUGGAAGAGUUUCUCCUAAAAUCUACCACCAUUUCUACGGUUUUGAGUGUGUUCAGUUCCAGAUUGUUUUGGUUGCACCACAAGGCUAGUCAUUAUUAUGGUAAAUUAUAUGCUUGGAUAUAUAGGGUAUAUUCUUUUGCCUAGCACAAAAUGAUAAUACUUUAGUUGAUUAUCUGCUUCUGAGUUCCUCAUUUUUAAUCUCAUCUUUGGUCAAGUUCUUGAUUUGUCCUGUGGCUCCCCCAUAUUGAUCUUCAUUUAUAAAUAUGUGCUAUUAAUUUUCUUAAUGUUCUUGCCUCCCUGCAGUCUUCUAAUGAAGCAAAAGAAAUUUAUCUACCAUUUCAAGAACAUGAGAUGGGCUAAAGGCCGUCAUGAAACUUAUCUUUGUUAUGUAGUAAAACAGCGAAAUAGUCCCACAUCCUGCUCCCUCGAUUUUGGAUAUCUGCGUAAUAAGUCAGGUUGCCAUGUUGAAGUUCUCUUCCUGCGUUAUAUUUCCACUUGGGAUCUGGAUCCAAGGCACUGCUAUCGUAUUACUUGGUUCACCUCCUGGAGCCCAUGUUACGAUUGUGCCCGGCAUGUGGCUGACUUCUUGUGUGCAUAUCCUAACCUGACGCUGCGAAUUUUUGCUGCCCGUUUGUACUUCUGUGAGGAGCGCAAUGCUGAGCCUGAAGGGUUGAGACGUCUACAUCGUGCAGGAGCUCAGAUUGCCAUCAUGACAUUCAAAGACUAUUUCUACUGCUGGAACACCUUUGUGGAAAACCGCAAAAAAACCUUCAAAGCCUGGGAAGGACUUCAUGAAAAUUCUGUGCGUCUUACCAGACAACUCCGGCGUAUCCUUUUGCCUCUUUAUGAAAUUGAUGACCUGAGAGAUGCUUUCCAAACCCUUGGACUUUAAAUUCCUGCUUGGGGAGAAAUGAAGAUGAAAAGAUGCCAACAUGUUUUGCGACAUUCUUCAACAUCCAACUUUUUCUCCCACUUCUUUCUCCCAGAAUCUUUCCUAGAAUCUUUCCUAAGUAUCAAAUUCUGAAAAAAGCAUAUUUAAGAAAAAAAUGGCAAGGUCUUUUGAAUGAUCUCCUUUUGCCUACUUGGACUGGGGCUUGUUGUACUCUGUCCUCCAUGGGAAGAAGUCAAUCCAAUCAAACUGUCCAAGGCAUGUGGCCACAUUUAUUAUUACUAUCACAAAGGUCAGCCAGAUAAAUGGAUAAUUUAGGAAGAUAGCUGUUUGUACUAAACAAAAGGCUCUAAUUAAAUCUCCUAGAAUGAAUGAUAGAUGUGAAGGUCAAAUAUUAAACUUUUAAAAUUGCCAAGGUAUUUAGCAUCCCACAAAAAACUCUGAGUUUACAUUGAAGAAAAGAUGAAAAUUUAAUCUUGAUGCCUUAACACUGCAUAGAAACUAAUACAUUUCACCAUAUUGUUACUAGUAGAGGCCCACUGUAAAUCUGGAAGGCACUGCUGCUUUGACACUGGAUUUGUGCUUGGUCUUCAUUGUGUCAUGACUGUAAGACAAACUCUUGCAAGAAAGUAUUUUCAAAGAUACACCACAAGAGCCUUAUACUUUGGAUUAAGUACAUUAAAUAUGUAUAAUGUGUUAAGUUAGAUGUAGAUUUUUUCAUGCUGUUUUUUCAAUAAGAACUAAAAAAUAGCAACUCUUUUUCCCAUGUCUUACAACAUUUACAAUAAUGUUAUCAAAUUGAUUAAGCAAAGUAAUACAAAAUCUCUUAACUAAAUAAGGACUUUUGACAACAAGGAAGUUAUCAAUCAUCUUCAAAUAAUAAUUGUCCAGAUUCUAGGGGCUCCUCAAUAAUGAACACCAGCUCAUCGGCAAAUGCUUUGACUUUGUAUUCCUGUGAUUUAAUUUUUAAUCCUUUGAUUUCGGAAUUUUCUCUAAAAUUAAUAUUUGACAUUAAUAUUUCUAUGGAUAGAAUGAAUAAUAGGGGGGACCGAGGGCAUCCCUGUCGUACUCCUUCUUCUAUAUUAAAGCUUUCCAUAUAUUCACCAUUUAUAAUUAUUUUUGCUCUCUGUGGAAUAAAUUGCUCUAAUCAUU